GACGGUGAUGUUGAGCAAGGUUCCGUUCACCUGCGGGUCCCCGGACACCGUAAUCCUAACCACCUCCAUAGGGUUCGGUAGCUUUUUAAGCACCCUCGGCCUCGAGCUGAUUAUCAGGAUCUCGUACUGCUUGACGCCCCUGGCCACACGUCCUCUUCUAUGUGCGCCGUCGCGAUGGGAACCAGAGACCCGUUGUCGGUGACGUUCGGGGUUAUAUCUGCACACAAGAGGUCGACCGUGGGCUGCUUCAUGCGCCUGAGCUCGGUGACGAGCAGCCUGUCGUUGGGCACCCCCGAGAGCAUAAACUCGAAAUUCGUGGGAGGUCCUGUUCCAGCUCUCCCUGAAGGUCAUAAUCGGCUUCGCGGACUCGAUCACAGACGUGAGGCUCCUCACGCCCUUCUUCAGCUUCGUGCUCCCGGCCACGCCGAAGAUGAGGUACUCUACAGUGCACGCGUUCCUGGAAGCGGCACGGUUUCAAGCCUAUCUCCCUCGUCGCGAGGCAUCCUCUGCACGGCCAGCAGCCUCACCUACGAUAGCUCCGCGCCGGAGAUCUAUGCAGGAAGUGUAACCUCCGAUUUGGUGGGUGGGUGUAGCAAGAUAAUUAAAAGCUGCAGAGCAAGCAACAAGUGGAGGUGCAUCCACCUCAGAGCUCUAUAUAUCACCACAUCGGUCCUCCGGGCCGCAUUUUCACCUCUCUUGAACCGUGCAAGCCUUAGCUCUAACCUGCUCAGCAAGUCGUGGUAAAGAAGUCCUACCAUCCAGCAGCUACGUAUUAGUCUUGGCAUUUCGGGAUCCGAGGCUAACCCGGCAACUGCCGCUGCUACUGUGGAACUGCGAUCAUCAACAACAUCAACAUCACUCAACACUCGCGGACCAUUUCCCCACCGCCGCCGCUUAUGGCAAUCGCCCGGUAUUCCUCCAAGCGCACGCAUGCCGAAGCUGUGUUUAACCACCUACACGCCCUGCCGCCAUGUGACCAAGGCCCUGUUACUGCGCGCCGGGUUAUUGGGUCGACUAUAAGGCCGGCCACGGCGAUGCGCUCUCCACUGCCAAGCGCCAGCGGGUGCUGCGUAGCCUCUA